AUGGUGGCCAUCGACCAGGACAAGAACAGCCAGUUUGCGGUGAAAUGGGCGGUCGAGAAAUUGAGGUUGAGGGAUAACCAGAUCAUCCUCGUACAUGUUAGAACCCAACAGAGUCGUGAUUCCAAGGAUAUACCCGAAGAAGGCCGCGAACCAACUCAUGCUGAAGCGAAGCAGUUAUUCCUUUCUUAUCGUAGUAUUUGCGCUCGGAAAGGGGUCCGCGCAAAGGAAGUGAUGCUCCAUGGCCAUGAUGUUGCAAACAAGCUUUGUGAGUAUAUAGGCAUCAACGCUGUCACCAGCAUUGUCCUUGGUGCUUCAAGCCGAGGUGCCCUAGCAAGGGCAUUUAAAUUCACAGAUGUUCCGAGUUCUGUAGUAAAACAUGCACCUGAUUCUUGCACAGUGUAUGCUGUAUCAAAGGGGAAAGUGCAGAAACUUAAGUCAUCAACUAAACCUGAGACUCCCAGCAGUGCAACUUGUUCCAUCCCCAGGAAUGCAUUCUCGCCUGAAGGAACGCAUCCUGCAAAAUUUCAUCCUCAGGAGAGUUGGAAAAGUGCUGCCUCUGAUCCAUCAUAUCUGGAUGGAGGCAAUCAGCCGAGAGCAUCAGUGGAUAGCGGCAACAGUUAUUCGCCUCCGAGUUCAUGGAACAAUAGCAGAGAGUAUCAACAAAUUAUCCCAAGAGAAAGGCCUUCUGGCAGCAAAACACCUUCGCAUCAAAAUUUAUUUUACAGCAGUGAAUCUCUUCAAGCUGUGGAAAAGCAGCACGGAGGUAAGGGACUGGCAGUUCCGGAGUCGGCAAAUAUUAGUAACGAGUCUAUUGUCUAUAGCAGCAAUUACAGCUCGUCCCAGGAUUCUGGGGGUGGUGACAGUGAAUUUGGUCGCAUGACUCCACUCAACAGGCAGCACGGCAGCAAGAUUUCAGCAAUUCUACAGUCCAUGAACAAUCUGAAUCUUGAGGUUCGAACCAAGGAUACUACGUCUUAUUCUGUGUCUGAAUCAAGUGAUCAUUCUGAGGUGCUGAGUUUCCCCUCGGAUGUCUCCUUUGAAAUUCUAGACCAGACCCGAAUUUCAGAUUCGUGGAGCUCCAGCUCAUCAAGAGCAGCUGAAAAAGAGGAUGAGUUGAGGAGAUUGAAACAAGAGUUGAAGGAAAUGACAAUGAAGUAUGAUAUGGCUUGUCAAGAAGCUGUGACUGCCAAAGAUAAGGUAUAUCCAUUUACAAUACGCUGCAUGGUAACAUAG